AAUCGUGGCGACGCGGAACCCGUGGGCCGCGCUCCCUGUUUCCUCUGUCGGAUUUAUUUUCCUGAGGGCCUCGCUCGGGGCGGGGGAGGUACGGGACACUUCCGGCUGUUGCCAUUUCCGGUUGGCAGGGUAGGUGGCAGGGCCCUGGAUCUGGGAUCAACACUGCAUCCCUCUGCGUUUCUUUCCCUCGGGGACUCUGAGUGAGGAUGACCCGCCAUGGCAAGAAUUGCACCGCAGGGGCUGUUUACACCUACCAUGAGAAAAAGAAGGACACAGCUGCCUCCGGUUACGGUACCCAGAAUGUGCGGCUGAGCCGAGAUGCCAUCAAGGAUUUUGACUGCUGCUGCCUCUCACUGCAGCCUUGCAAAGACCCUGUGGUCACCCCUGACGGGUACCUUUACGAGAAGGAGGUCAUCCUGGAGUAUAUCCUGCACCAGAAGAAGGAGAUUGCCCGACAGAUAAAGGCCUAUGAGAAGCAGAAAAAUGAGAAGAGAACAGAGCUGGAGGAGCUGAGCCGGGCGGCUGAAGAGUCCAAGGUGAGGGGCUUCCUAGACAAGGAGAUGAGCAUCAUCAGCAAGCCGCUUAACCCCUUUGAGCGCAAAGCAGGGGAUGCCCAGCCUGGCACCAGCAGCAAGGACAAGGACAAGAAGCUUCCCAGUUUCUGGAUCCCUUCACUGACGCCUGAAGCAAAGGCCAGUGUCCUGUGCAAACCAGACAAAUGCGUGUACUGCCCCAUGAGUGGGAAGCCCCUUAAGAUGAAGGACCUGACACCCGUGUGCUUCACCCCUGCUGACCCCUCUGUGGACCGGGUGGGGCUGAUCAACCGGCAGGACCGCUACAUCUGUGCUGUCACCCAUGAUAUGCUGGGCAACUCGGUGCCCUGUGCUGUGCUCCGCCCUUCGGGCGCGGUGGUGACUCUGGACUGUGUGGAGCGUCUCAUUCGUAAGGACAUGGUGGACCCCCUUAAUGAGGAGAAGCUGUGUGAGGAUGACAUCAUUGUGCUGCAGCGGGGUGGCACCGGCUUUGCAGGAUCUGGGGUACGUCUGGAAGCCAAGAAGUCCCGCCCUGUCAUGCAGGCUUAGCCCCACCCCUUCCUCCUUGGGGGUGAGGCCUAUGCACCUUUCAAAGCCAUGGGGGUGGGGGAUGCCAUUGAUCUGGGUGCUUUCCUCAGGUCAGGUAAACGGUGGCAGGUGGGGAUGAGGCCUUCCUAGUGCUGUGGGCAGGAAGGAAGCAGAAAGAGGCAAUCUCAGACCUCUGCUCACUGUCACUUUUGUAUCGUAGCUGUAAAUAAAGACACUUUGUGUGUG